UUUAUCGCAAUAAGUGCUGGACAUCUAUUUAAAAUUUGGUUACGUUUAAAAUAUUUUUAUUAAUGAAGGAAUUUUAAAGCAUCAUCUGCAGAAUAAAUUGAAAAUAUUUAAAUAUGAGUAAAGUGGCUGGACCAGGUUUACAAUCUCGAAUAAGAAGAAUUUCUGCAGGUUGCUUAUCUGAUAAAGAAAAUUCACCAUUAGGUGUUACGCGUUUAAGAAGAUUAUUGAAAAGAAAAGUUAAAAAGGCACAAAAUACAACAGAUUCCAAAAUUAAAAAUAAAACUAAAGUUCCCAAAACCGAUGUUUGGGUGAAUUUAAAGGAUGGAACAAAAAUAAAAUUGUGUUCAACUUGCGCGACCAAAAAAAAAAAUACAUCGUCAGAGGCGCAAAAAACUAAGGAUAGAAUAAAGCUAUCAAAUAAAAGUCGAGAUAAUGUAAAGGAUAAUAACAUUAAGCGAACUUUGAGAACUCCUAAAAUUCAAACUAUUUCCUCGGAUAGCAAAUUGUUAUCUGAUAAUAAUAAUAAAAGCGUGGUCGUCAAAAAAGAAUCAGCAUCCAAAGCUACAAAGCCAAAAGUAACUAAGAAAACUAGAAAAGAUUUUCCGAAAACUGAAAUACCUGUAAUGAAUGAAGCAAAACAAAGAGAAAAAGAAGUCGUUGAUCAAAACAGUAUAAAACAAGGUAAAUUUGGAUGUAUUAAUUUUUCAUUAAUUAUGCUAUAA